AUGAAUGCUGACUUCGAGUUCGUCUUUGGUCGUUUGCAGUUGGGAAGUCCUGACAUGCUCAUCGAUGGCUACGACCAGUACAACCAGCAGGACAAUGAGGUGGUCAACAUCUCCCCCGAUGAUGCCUCGGAGGAGCCUGCGGACGCUCUACCACGGGCUGAUGAUUGUAUGUACCUCCCCACCCUAUCUGCCUUCAUCAUUGACGAUCCCCCAGUUGAAUCAAUGAAACGACAUGUCCUUGUCGAUCUUCCUGAUACCGAAGUAGAGGCAGAAGCAUAUCACACUUGGCAUAUCGAGAAGUGGCGGUCUCUAUCUCGCCGGGAACAUGGGCCGGUCUUCGAAGUUGGAGGUCAUCCAUGGCGGGUGCUCUUCUUCCCAUACGGAAACCAGGUUGACUGUGCCUCCUUCUACCUGGAACAUGGCUUCGAAACCGAACCUCCGCCGGACUGGUAUGCCUGUGUACAGUUUGCCCUGGUCCUCUGGAACCCGAAUGAUCCUACCUUGUUCAAAAUGCAUUCCGCAACCCAUCGGUUCAACGCGAAAGAGGGAGACUGGGGCUUCACAAGAUUCGUGGAACUACGCAAAGCCUUCCAUCAACCAUGGGAAGACGGAUCAAGACAUCUGGUUGAGAACGAGGAAGCCAAACUCACGGCUUAUGUCCGUAUCAUCAAGGAUCCCACUGGCGUGUUAUGGCACAACUUUGAAGGUUACGAUUCCAAAAAAGAGACGGGCAUGGUCGGGCUUAAGAACCAGGGUGCCACUUGCUAUCUCAAUUCCCUUCUCCAAUCGCUCUACUUCACUGAUGCCUUCCGAAAAGCCGUCUACCAAAUUCCCACCGAGCAGGAUGCCAACAGAAGUAACAGUGCCUGGACUUUGCAGAGACUCUUCUUCAAAUUGCAGAAAGACAAGUUUGCCGUGUCCACAAAUGAGCUCACCGCCUCCUUCGGCUGGGACACUCGUCAAAUAUUUGAACAGCAGGACGUCCAGGAACUGUCUCGAAUUCUAAUGGAGGUUUUGGAGAAGAAGAUGAAAGGCACACCAGCAGAGAGAACCUUGCCGGAACUUUUCGUUGGAAAGACCAAGACCUACAUCUCAUGCAUCAAUGUCGACUACGAGUCCUCCAGGAUUGAAGAAUUCUGGGAUCUUCAACUGAAUGUUCGGGGCAACAAGAAUCUCCACGAGAGCUUCAUGGAUUACAUCCAGGUCGAAACUCUGGAAGGUGAGAACAAGUACGAUGCCGGCGAGCCAUAUAAACUACAAGACGCCAAAAAAGGUGUCAUAUUCGAGAGCUUUCCGCCAGUUUUGCAUUUACAGCUCAAGAGAUUUGAGUAUGACAUCAACCGAGAUGCAAUGAUGAAAGUCAACGAUAGGCACGAAUUCCCAGAAGAGUUUGACGCCUCCCUCUACCUGUCCGAAGAGGCGAGAGCCGCGUCUUCGGAACCUUGGAAUUACCAACUGCACGGAGUUCUGGUACACAGUGGUGAUUUUAAUGCAGGUCAUUACUAUGCAUUUCUCAAACCCACAAAGGACGGCUACUUUUACAAAUUUGACGACGACAGGGUAACUCGGUCGACGAUGAAGGAAGUCCUGGAAGAAAAUUUUGGCGGAGAAUAUGCGAACGUCGCAAAUGGUGGCCCUGGUCAACGCCAACCUUACAUGAGGGGAUACUCCACCAAACGCUCCAUGAACGCGUAUAUGUUGGUCUAUAUUCGAAAGAGCAGACUUGAUCAGGUUCUUCAUGGUGUGAACGAAUCUGAUAUACCUUCACAUAUCGAAAGGAAGAUUGCAGAAGAGCAGGCCGAACUUGCCAGGAAGAAGAAAGAACGUGAAGAGGCCCAUUUGUACAUGAGUGUCGGCGUCAUAACGGAAAAGACAUUUCAAGCACAUCACGGAUUUGAUCUGACCAGUUAUGAACUGGAACAGGACGACCCUGCAGCUGCACAGAUCUAUCGGAUCUUACGGACAACCAAGAUCGGCGAAUUCGCCGCGAUAGUCGCCGAUGACCUCGGACUAGAGCCAGAUCAGGUCAGGUUUUGGGUUAUGGUGGGCAGGCAGAACAAAACAAAUCGACCGGAUCAGCCAAUCCGAGAAAUUGACAUGUCUGUCGAAGAGGCACUGAACAAGUAUGGGUCUAGAGGACGUCCAUUCUAUCUUUGGGCCGAAAGCGCAACAAAAUCCGAUGAUGGCAAAGCUACUUUCCCCGAUACAGGACCAAAUGCGAACGCGAACGCGCCUAUCCUCGUCUUUCUCAAAUAUUUCGACGUCAAAGCUCAAAUUCUGACCGGCGUCGGCCAUGUUUAUGUGAAGAAAUUGGACAAAGUGUCGGAGAUUGCGCCUCAGAUCAACAAGAUUAUGCAAUGGGACUCUAGUACGCCGAUUCUUCUGUUCGAGGAGAUCAAGCACUCCAUGAUAGAGGUGAUGAAACCGAAACAAACAUUCCAACAGUCGGAAAUCCAGGAUGGCGAUAUCAUCUGUUUCCAACAAAACCUUCCCGAUCUUGACCCUUCAACAGUCCCCUACAGCGAUGCCCGUCAAUACUACGACUAUCUCUUGAAUAAGAUACCAGUCAGCUUCUACCCCAAACCCGGCACCGAAGGGGAAGCUUUCUCCUUGAGCCUCAGCAAGAAAAUGUCCUAUGAGCAACUCUCUGGUAAAGUUGGGGAAUAUCUCAAGGUUGAUCCGACUCACAUUCGAUUUGCCACAAUCAGUUCUACUAACAAUAAAAUCAAAAUGUGGCUCAAGCGCGGCAUGAAUCACACUCUUCAACAAAUUCUCCAAUCGCAAUUUUCCUCUUAUAGUAGUUAUGCUGCUCACCGCGGUGAUGCUCUCUACUAUGAAGUCCUUGAGACCAGUCUUGCCGACUUCGAAACCAAGAAGAUCAUGAAAGUGAUAUGGCUUAGUGAUGGCAUCAGUAAAGAGGAACCACUUGAAAUUCUUGUCUCAAAGAACGGCAUUAUUGGGGAUCUUGUAAAUGGUAUUGCGAAAAAGAUCAACCUUGAUGAACAGACGGCGAGGAACGUUCGCAUACUUGAGGUCCAUGGUGGCAAAAUCCACAAAGAACUAAUUGAAGACUUCAAUGUUGUUGGGGUCAAUGAGUUCACAACACUUUAUGCCGAGAAGAUCCCUGACGAAGAAAUCAAUGCUUCCGACGACGACCGAUUCAUCUAUUGUUUCCACUUUGACAAAGAAGCAAGCAAGCCUCACGGUAUUCCCUUCAAGUUCAUGCUCAAACCCGGAGAAACAUUGAAAGAUACCAAGGAGCGCAUCAGUAAGAGAACCGGGAUCAAAGGAAAGCUCUUGCAGCAAAUCAAAUUUGCUCUGGUCUCAAGGGCCAUCUAUGCUAAGCCACGGUAUCUCGAAGAUGAGGAUGUCAUCCUGGACCUUCUCCAAGAUGGCGAUGAGAUGCUCGGGCUGGACCACGUGAACAAGGCCAGAAAUUUCUGGGGUAGAGCUGAAGGAAUGUUCAUCCGGUGA